AUGCUUAACGCAACUUGGUAUGGGCACCUAGGCGGCGCAACCAACCAAGGCGAUGACAUCGCCGGCAUAGUCGAGAAAGUCGGCGCCAAUGUCUACGAGUUCCGUCCCGGUGAUCGCGUGGGGGCCUUUCAUGAGAUGCUCACGCCGCAUGGGAGCUAUGCCGAGUAUGCGAUUGCGUGGCAGCAUAUGACGUUUCAUAUCCCUAAUGAAACGACUUUUGAGGAAGCCGCCACCAUCCCCCUAGCAGCCAUGACAGCAGCAGUAGCCCUCUACCUCCGCCUAUCCCUCCCCUCCCCUUGGUCCGCCACCGCCGAACAACAACCCCCCACGUCCACCACGCCCACACCCCUAAUCAUCUACGGCGCCUCCUCCGCCGUCGGGAUCUACGCCACGCAACUCGCCCUGCGCAGCGGCAUCCACCCCUUGCUCUGCGUCGCUGGUCGCGCGAGCGAUUAUGUAGCCGGGUUCUUGGACAGUAGCCGGGGGGAUGUGGUUGUUGAUUAUCGACAGGGGGAUGAGAAGGUUGUGGAGGGGUUGGUGAGGGAGUUGGAGAAGUAUCGUGGGGAUGGGGGGGGGGAUGUGGUGCCGGUGUUGGUGCUGGAUGCUGUGUCGGAGGGCGGGACGAUUAAAAAUAUUGGGAGGGUGCUUGAGCGGGUUGGGGGUGGUAGUGUGGAGGGUAGCAAAGGAAAAGGGAAGGUCACGCUGGUGUUGAGCGGGGCGGACGAGAAGUUGCCGGAAGGGGUGGAGAGGAGUAACACGUCGGUGGGGCAAGUGCAUAAGGCGGCUAAGGACUUUGGGUUUGUGUAUUUUCGAUACUUUGCGAGAGGGUUGCGCGAGGGUUGGUUUAAACCGCAGCGAUUUGAGGUGGUGCCUGGGGGGUUAGCUGGGAUUCAGGGCGCAUUGGAGAAGCUGAAGGAUGGGAAGGCGAGCGCAGUGAAAUAUGUGUUUCGAAUCGGGGAAACGGAGAGGUGA